AUGGGCCUCAUCCUGCUCAUCGCCGUCCCCAUCUUGGUGCAGGCGCCGUCCAAAGGCCAGGCGCACUACGAGAUGAUGGGCACCUGCCGCAUGAUCUGCGACCCCUACAGCGCCAGUAGCGCUGCCGCCGGACCGUCCAGCCGCCCCGGAGGCACCACGGCCGCCCUCGAAGCCAUACAAGAGCUGAGCGCCAACCCGCCGCCGCCACCGCCGCCCUUCAUCCAGGGACCCAAGGGUGACCCCGGCCGUCCAGGCAAGCCGGGGCCGAGGGGACCACCCGGGGAACCGGGUCCCCCGGGCCCUAGAGGACCCCCAGGCGAGAGGGGCGAUUCGGGGAAGCCGGGACUACCGGGGCUGUCUGUGCCCGGCAUCGGGGCCACCGGAACUGCGACGACGGCUGGAGGUGUGGGCUCCGGCAUGGGAGGCAGCAGCAGCAGCAGCCCGGCCCCCGGAGGAGAGGUGACGGGCGCGCUGAGCGCUGCUUUCAGCGGCCCCAAGAUCGCCUUCUACGUGGGCCUGAAGAGUCCCCACGAGGGCUACGAGGUGCUCAAGUUCGACGACGUGGUGACCAACCUGGGCAACCACUACGAUCCCACCACGGGCAAGUUCACCUGCCAGGUGCGCGGCAUCUACUUCUUCACCUACCACAUCCUCAUGCGCGGAGGCGACGGCACCAGCAUGUGGGCGGACCUCUGCAAGAACGGGCAGGUGCGGGCGAGUGCCAUUGCUCAGGAUGCAGACCAGAAUUACGACUACGCCAGCAACAGUGUGGUGCUGCACCUGGACUCUGGGGACGAGGUGUAUGUCAAACUGGAUGGAGGCAAAGCCCACGGAGGCAACAACAAUAAGUACAGCACUUUCUCUGGCUUUCUUUUAUACCCCGAUUGA